CGGUGCAAUUGGUGGGGUGUAUAACGUAUUGAUUAUUGGUCUGCUGUCAGCAGUACUGCACCGGUCCACUCAGCAAUAAUUAUUAUUUUUUGUCUCGUAUUCAUAUAGUCAUUACUCAUUAGUAUUCUUGCCUAUGCAUAUAGUCUGUAUUCAUAGUGGUCAUUUUGUGACAGUGCAGGGUAUAGACGUAUAGUGUAUUAUAAAUUAUAAUUAUUAGUGUUUACAGCUAUGGCGGUCGAUCAAUGAUUCCAACGGUUAAUAACAUUUUUUUUUUCAUAUAUCGCAGCGUUGUAUUGUUUUACUAUAAAAUAUAGUUUUGUGUACCUACCAAUAGACAUCAACUAUUGAACUAUCCGCGAUGAAGUAGAAUUAAACCAAAAUCUAUAAUCGAUUUUGUUGAAAACAGAUCUUGCGGUAUUUUUCCCGGCGCUUAAGUACCAACUAGAUUUACUUUCCUAUUAGAAAAGAUGCUAUUGAAGAAAAUCUAAACGUUUUUACUGUCCUAAAAGAUGAUGACAGACCCAAAAAAAAAAUGAAUAAAAAAAAACACAAAGAAAUGUAAAUACCGUUACAUUUAUCAUUCCGCCCAGUAACUAAAAAUUAAAACAGUAAAAAAAUGAUACAAAUGUAACCACACUAUCAGCCAAAUAUUGAAAAAAUAAUGUAUAAUAAUAGAUACACAAACCAGAAUGACCGUGGUCAAAAUAACCAGCAUAGAAGAUUCAGAACAAAUCCAUCAGUAAAUGCAGAAAACGACCAAUUUGAUUUUAAGUCAUCCAAGCAAAAUGAACGGUUACAGCCCAGUAGUUCUACUACAAAAGAACAAUGGAGAAAACAACAGAAAUCACCAAAUAGACGAGAACGAUGGGGAAAAAAACAAAAUUUUGGAAAUAGACAAGAACAUUGGAGACCACAAUAUAAUUCAGAAACUAGACAAGAACAAUUAAAUUUCAAACAAAACUCUGAAAAUAGACAAGACAGAUGGGGAGGUAAAAAAAUUGAGCAAAAUGAGUAUCCUGAUAACAGCACAACUGAAAAAAAAAUCAUAAACAAGUAUAGUUUUGGAUUUAAACGCCUUGAAGAAUUAUGUAGCAAGGACCCAUCUGAGAUUGUAUUUGUGAUGUCAAAUAAAGUUAAUGGAUUCAUGGACCUAUUUAAACAAAAUAAAGAACCUGAUUGGAUUUUUUUGCUUAUGAAAGUAUCAGCUAAGAUUUGUUCUACUGAAUUAAUACAAAGCAAAACAUUCUUACUAACAGAACUUAUAUGUAAUCAAUUUUUUGAUCAUCUAAAAACAUAUAUAUUGAGUACACCAACAGAGAAAAACUUAAAUCGAUGCAACAAUAUGAAUAUAUUUUAUGAAGAUUGUUUAGUUGUGUUUCAAUCAAUAACUACAUUAUUUCCAAAAACAGCAGAAGAAAAAUUAAAGGAAAUAAUAGUAAGUAGUAAUAUUGCUUUAAAUGGUAUUAAAAGUUAUUGUAAUCAUAUAAAAAUUGAUGAAACUACAGUAAUUAAAAUGAAUGAAUUGCUAGAAAAACUCAAGGCUACAGUCUUAACGGAGGAAUUAAAAUUGAAAGAAAAAUUAGUUAUUGAAAAUAUUGCCCAACUAAUGCCUCCACCUGAAAAUUUUAGAGAACUAACUGUAUAUCCAACCGCAAUUGAUCUUGAAUGUGGAGAACGAUUUUUACGACCUAAUAUCUCCAAAGGAGCUUAUCAGAAUGUUGAACACUAUUUAGACGUUCAAUUUCGUCUUUUACGUGAAGAUUUUAUUGCUCCAUUACGAGAAGGUAUACAAUUUUAUAAAGAAACAAUAAACGAUGAACGUCAACAUCAGCGUCGAAAGAAGAUAAAUAAUAUCCGUAUUUAUCGUGAUAUUGAAUUUGAAAAAAAAGGUGAAUUUGUUCGUGAUAAAUAUGGUUAUCUAGUAAACUUUGACAAAAAAAAAAAAUUAAGAAUCAACUGGGAAAUGGCAAAACGAUUCAUGUAUGGAUCUUUAUUACUGUUUUCCGAAAAUAAUUUUAAAACUUUUUUUUUGGGUAUUGUUUUGGAGCGAAAGAUUGAACUUUUGAAACAAGGUAAGUUAAUUGUGGAAUUAUUAGAAGAUGAAAAACCUAUAUUUAAUACAUCUCUUACUAUGGUAGAGAGUGAAGUGUUUUUUGAACCAUAUAAAUGUUCAAUGGACGUUCUUAAAAAUAUUAAUAGUCAUAGUUUCCCUAUGGAAAAGUAUAUAAUAUCAGCUUGUAAUAAAAUAGACUAUCCAUAUUAUAUUGAUGAGUUACCUGAACACACCUGCUAUGUAAUUGAUGAUUUGAUUAAAUUCCAAGUACUGAGUCAAAAUCAUUGGCCUACUAAAGAACAGCUAGGACUUGAUGAAAUGCAAUUUGGAGCAUUUAGAGCGGCGUUGACACAUGAAUUUACAGUUAUUCAAGGGCCACCUGGUACUGGAAAAACGUUCAUUGGAUUGAAAAUUAUGAAAACAAUUAUAAAUAAUUUAUACAACAAGCCAUUUCUCACCAAACCAAUUUUAGUAGUGUGUUACACAAAUCAUGCUUUAGAUCAGUUUAUGGAAGGUAUAUUGAGUUUCACAAACAAAGUUAUAAGAAUUGGAGGUCAAUCUAAGUCAGAAAUAUUAGAAAAAUAUAGUUUAAGGAAUAUAUCUCGUAUGUACAGAAGAUCCAUUACAACUAAUAGAGGUCUUCAUAAUAUUGGUGACCAAGUCAAAACUACUAUGGAGAACAUAAAAUAUUUUAAGAAAUGUAGUGAAGUUGUAUCAUACAAUGCUGGGAUAUUAGAAUUAUCAUUAUUGAAAAAUGGUAUGCCUAAUCAAUAUCAUAAAUUUUUUAAAACUACUUUGGACCUUCUAUCUUGGUUAUUUCAAGAUUUUGAUUAUUUUAGUGUAGACCCAAUUGGGUUUAUAACUGGAAUUAGCAAUGAGUUGAUUAAUAGAGUUUAUAAUUCAGAAAAAUUGUUAGAAAUUAAAAAAGUAGUGGUUGAAGAUGAUGAUGAAGAAAAGCGAUAUGAACCAGAUUACUUAGAUCUAGAACAAAACAAUAAAGAUAUUGUAAUUUAUAGUAUAACAUUAGACGACAUAAAAAAUGCUUGCAAAGAACUACUUGAGGAGAGUAUACGAUUAGAGAAUCUAUCAAACGUAAGUGUACAUUUUUUUAAUGAAUCUGAAGAAGCCAAAUUCAACUUUGGUGUAAUGGAAAAAGUACAUGAUUAUUUUGAAUAUAUGUUGAAUUUAAUUGAUACUGAUAUUGAACUACCACAAAAAAUGACAGAUAUAUACGUGUUAAAUAUGAGACAAAGAUGGUCUUUAUAUUUUAGUUGGGUAAAAGAAACAAAAGAGAUGUUCAAUCCAAAAAUAAUAGAUUAUGAACAAAAGUAUACUCGAGUAUAUAAGCAAUAUGCUGAAUUAAGAGAGUUGGAAAAUGUAGAGCUUCUAAAUAAGAUGCAUGUAAUAGCAUUAACUACUACUGGUGCUGCUAAACACAGAAUAAUGUUGGAGGGAUUAGAAUCACCUAUUGUGGUCGUUGAAGAAGCUGCCGAAGUUUUGGAAGCACACAUUGUUUCUUCUUUAACAAGUCACUGCCAACAUCUAAUAUUAAUAGGUGACCAUAAGCAACUACGUCCUAGUAAUGCAGUUUACAAAUUGGCAAAAGAUUUUAAUUUUGAUAUUUCAUUGUUUGAACGUAUGGUCAAUAAUGAAGUACCUUGUUACACGUUAGGAGAACAACAUAGAAUGCGUCCAGAAAUAGCAUCUCUAAUAACUCCAUCAAUAUACAAUGAAUUGAAAAAUCAUAUUUCUGUUCACAAUAGAGAACACAUUCGUGGUGUUACAAAAGAUUUAUUCUUCCUAAAUCAUAAUAAAUUUGAAAACGAAGUUGAGGAAAUUUCAAGCAAAAGUAAUGAUCAUGAAGCUAGAUUUUUAAUUAUGUUUGCUAGACAUUUAAUUUUACAAGGAUACAAAACUGAUCAAGUGACAAUAUUAACGACUUACAGUGGUCAAUUAUUUCAAAUUCGUUCAUUAAGAAAAAAACACGCAAUAUUAGAAGGCAUGAAGAUCACUGUGGUAGAUAAUUAUCAAGGAGAAGAAAGUGACAUAAUUUUGCUAUCAUUAGUUAGAAGCAAUGAAAAGGGAAAUGUAGGAUUUUUGAAAACUGAGAACAGAAUUUGUGUUGCAUUGUCAAGAGCUAAGUAUGGACUUUACAUAAUGGGUAACAUGGACAAUUUGUACAACUCUGGUAAUUUGUGGAAACAAAUAAAAGAAACAUUAGAAAAUCAGGGUUCAUAUGGUGAUGAAUUGACUUUAGAAUGUGCUGUUCAUUCUGGUAUUAUGACAAAGGUUGCAAAAAGUGAAGAUUUUAAUAUUAUUAUGGAAGGAGGUUGUUCCAUGUUGUGUAAAUCGUUGCUAUUGUGUGGUCAUUAUUGUUCAAGUGUAUGUCAUUCUUAUGACCGUGAUCAUUUAGAAUUUAAAUGCAGGGAACCGUGUAACAAGUUCUGUGAUUAUAACCAUCCUUGUAAAAAAACAUGUUACAUGGAUUGUGGAGAUUGUCUUGUGCUAUUGAACAAAGAGUUACCAUGUGGUCAUGAAUUAACAUUACAAUGUUUUGUUGAUGUUCUUACUUAUCCGUGUGAAGAAAUGGUGGAAGCUUUCCUAGAAAUAUGUGGUCAUACAAUUUUAAAAAAAUGUCACGCCAAAAAACCCAUCUGUUCAUAUAAAUGUAUAGAUCGAUUAGAUUGUGGUCAUGCUUGUGAAAAAAAUUGCCACAAGGAUGAUGAUCCAGAUCAUGAAGAGUAUAAAUGCUUAAAACCUUGCGCAAAUAUAAACAAAAUGUGCUCUCUAAGUCACAAAUGUCAAAAGAUGUGUUAUGAAGACUGCUCGCUGUGUACUGUUAAAGUUAAGAAAGUUUUGCCUUGUGGACACACAAAGAAUGAUGUGCCUUGUGGAUUAAAUAUCAAUGACAUUAAAUGUAUUCUUCCAUGUACCCGUAAAUUAACAUAUUGUGUCCAUAAAUGUCAAUCUAAAUGCCAUGAAAAAUGUAAACCUUGUGAAAAUCAAGUAGUAAAAGUUAUACCAGACUGUGGCCAUUCAAUUACAAUGAAAUGUAAAACUUUACCAGAACGUAAGCUUUGCACUAAGAAAUGUAACCGAACUUUAAAUUGUGGGCAUAUGUGUAAGAAUUUUUGUGCAGACGAAUGUACAACUAAAGAUUGUGAGGAAAUAGUAUUGCAAAAAAAUAGUAAACUUGCUUGUGGUCAUAAUAGCGUUUGGGUUUUAUGUUGUGACAAAGAUAAAGAGUUCAGACUGGACAGCCAAUAUCUACUUGAUAAAUGCCGUGAACCAUGUUUACAAAAAUUAAAUUGUAAUGAUAUUUGUUUGGGAACAUGUGGAGAAUGCAAACAAGGACGCAUACAUGUACCUUGUAAUGAAAUUUGUAACAAGAUAAACCCAUGCAAUCAUACAUGUAAAUUCCCCUGUAAAGAACGAUGUCCACCUUGUAAUCAGAAAUGCAUUUACUCUUGUGUGCAUUCUAGAUGUACUCGUCUGUGUGGUGCUGCAUGUGUACGGUGCAAGGAAAAAUGUGAGUGGAAGUGUCCACAUUUGAAAUGUACCAGAAAAUGUUUUGAAUUAUGUAAUCGAUAUCCAUGUUAUGAGCCUUGCAAGUUCAAGUUGAAAUGUGGGCAUGAUUGUAUAGGUUUUUGUGGUGAACCGUGUCCUCCCCUAUGUCGCGUUUGUCAAGAAGAUGAAGUUACUACAAUAGUUUUUGGCAAUGAAGAUGAACCAAAUGCAAGGUUUGUUUAUUUAGAAGAUUGUGAACACACCAUAGAAUCUGAAGCUUUAACACAAUGGAUGAACCAAAAUGAUGAAGAAAUAUGUUUGAAACAGUGUCCUUUAUGUAAAACACCAAUUCUAAAAACCCAACGUUUUAUGAACCAAGUGAAAGUUAUAUUAGAAGACAUAUCUAAUAUAAAAACAAAACAGUAUGGAGCACUAUCUGUAAUCCGCGGCAACACAAAAACAAUAAUCAAUUCAUUAAAAUCCUUGAAUAAUAAUUUUUUUUCAUAUUAUAUUUGUGAUACAAAUGAUAGAUGUAAUAUAAUCAAACAUUUAUGGGAUGCAUUUUGCAAGCCUUUAUUAGCAUCUUUGAAUAAUAAACGUUCAAAGUUCUCUUUACCUGCCAAGGACAUUGAAUCAUUAAAUUUUGUCAUUGAUUUGUUUAAGUCUACUUCAAAGUAUAAAAAUAGAAUUCAAGAAAUCAAAGAUGUCCAAAGAAAAGAAUCGAUUAUUAAUCACUUUGAUUGGAUUCUUUCUGUUGCAUUCAGUUAUGCGCAGCAGUUGUCAAAUCAGCAAAAAUUUGAUAUCAACAUGGAGAUGGCGCGUGGUGCAAGGAUUAUGAGUUUAUUUGAGAUCAUGUCCAAUACAAAAUUUCAGAUGGCACAAAAUGAUUUAUACAAUUCUUAUGCAGUGGAGUUAAAAGACUUAGUUGGAAAUAUGGAAGCUCUAUUAAUGUCUUGUAAAAUAUACACUGUUGACAGAGAUACGGAAAUACAAAAGUUUACCGAGUUAAUUGAUGAGAAAUUUGAUGGGAUUGCAAUUAUAACUGAUGAAGAAAGACAGAUGAUUCAUGCCGCUAUGUCCGUCAAUUUUUCAGGAGGCAUUAAAGCUCAAGGACAUUGGUGUAAAUGUCCGAAUGGCCAUAUUUAUUGUGUUACAGAAUGUGGAGGGCCAAUGCAGAAAUCGGUUUGUCCUGAAUGUAAAGUGGAAAUUGGCGGACAGAGUCACAGACAUGUUUCAGGGAUUACCGUAGCAUCAGAGAUGGAUGGCGCAAGAAAUCUCAUGUACCAAAGACCAUAAGAAUAAUAAGGAUACCUAUUUAUUCAGAAAUUACUAUUUUAUCAGUUUAAUUUUACAAAGAUUCGAUGUUAUAUUUGGAUUUAAUUAAUUUUUUCAUGUUUAAAACAAUAAUAUAAGUAAAAUUGUGGAUAAGAGCCUAAGUGUGUAGUAUACAAGACUGGCUUUAUCACUUUUAAUAUAAUAUAUUGACAAAUCCAAAAAAAGUUUUACAUAAUUUUAUAAAUUGACAUCUUUAUGAAAAUAACCUACAGUUACACCAAGGUUUAUUGAUUAUAAUAUAGAUAAAGAUUAUUAUUUAAAGUGUACAACAGGGUUCUUUGAUUUUUAUAUUAUUAUUUAUGUAUUAAUUAAAUUUAUCUUGCAAAUUUACCUAAAAUACGUUAUAUAACAGUAGACAUUAGAGAUGUUCCGGGUACCCGGCAAUUAUUCGAUGGCGGGGUACUUGAUAUCAUAUUUAAGACUUGGCUCUUACUCGGUACCGGCGUAAUAACUACAUUUUUACUCGAGUCAUAUCCAAUGGCAAAUGCUGAUAAUCUAUUUAUAAAUAUAUGCAUACAAAUUAAUAUAACGGGAAAAAUCUAAAAUUCUAGGGCAAUAAAUUAUAAUUUAUUUUGGUACAUAUUGGAAUAACUGAACUGAUUUACAAUAGCCAGUUGAUUAUAAACAAAUCAUGUUUUUCUUCUACGAAUUACAAAAAUAAACCUCCUGUUUACUGUCUAAUAUUUAUAUAGUUGAUACUUGGUACUUUUUUUAAUAUUCAAUUUGUAUUUACAUUUUUACUCGACUUAUACUCAACACCCGAUCAGUGUUAAAAUUUUUACUUUAAAAUAUUAAAUAAUAUUUACAUUAAAAAUUGUAUACGUACUCCAUACAAGCAACGUUUGUGUCGAGACCAAAGUAUGAACAUUUAACAAAAGGUUCAUAUUAUAGUGUUGCUUACAAAACAUUUUAUUAUUCUAUAAAUACAAUAUAUAAUACCUACAAAGACAUAAUAUUUAAUUUCCACACAUAUUUCUUCUUUUUCGUAAUAGCUUUAAAACAAAAUCAAUGAUACUACUAAAAUAUAUUCAUAAAUCAGAAAAAAAAAUGUUUAUAUUUUGCCAUAAUAUAUAUGUACUUAUAAGUCUGAAUUAUUUAUAUAUUACUAUAAUUAUUAUUUUUUUAUCACUACACUUAAUAAAUUAGUUAUUACUUAUUUGUCUGAAUAUGUUUUAUUAAAUACUUUGUAAAGGACAGAUGCCCGUUAAUACAUGACAUAAAUAAUUUGCUGCCCAUUUGGAAUACUUGACGUUCUAAUGUAAAUAAUUAAGUUUACCAACUCAGCAACCCACACAUUGAUAAAUAAUAUCUUCCAUAGAUUAGGCAUCACAUCUUAAAAUAUUAAUAAUAUAAUAUGAGUUAAUAGUUAAAAUACAAAAUCU